AUCUACGGUUCUCUCUCGACACGGCAAUCGUCGCCACGCCGCGCCAUGUCCGGCCGGCUGUUUGGCAGGAUCUUCGGGCGCAUGGCCGACCAGCGGCGUCUACACGCUGACUACGAAUCGCUGUCUCAAACCCCAUACGACGACGACAACGGCAGCGGCAAUGGUCCAAAGAACGAUCAAGUUGCCGGCUACCGGAUCUUGCCCCGGGUGGGCCCCACCAAAGAAGAUGAGUCCUCGAGUGGCGGCGGUGGUGGUGCCGUAGAUACUGGCGGUGUUGGCGGCGGUACGGAAAACGAGACGGACCCUGAAAAGGAGAUGCUACUUUCGACGGCCGAAUCAUCGGCCUACUCGGCCCAGGAGGUGGCGGCCCGGCUGCAGGUCGAUGUGAGAGCCGGCCUGCGAUGGUCUGAAGCCAACAGCCGUUCCAAGAUCGUCGGCUACAACGAACUGAACGCACUGGACGAUGAACCACCCUGGAUGAAGUAUGUGCAGCAGUUCAAAAACCCUCUCAUCCUGCUGCUACUGGGAUCCGCCGUCGUGAGUGCGUGCAUGAGACAGUUUGACGAUGCAAUCAGCAUUACGAUCGCGAUCAUCAUCGUCGUGACGGUGGCAUUCAUCCAGGAGUACCGAUCUGAGAAAAGUCUGGAAGAGCUGAAGAAGUUGGUGCCCCCGGAGUGCCACUGCUUGCGCGAGGGACGGUUAGAAACGUUUCUGGCCCGGAAUCUCGUCCCGGGUGACAUCGUGUAUCUGAACGUAGGGGACCGCGUGCCGGCCGACAUUCGCGUUUUCGAGGCGUUCGAUCUGUCGAUCGACGAGUCGAGCUUCACCGGCGAAACGGAACCGGCCCGCAAGAGCACCGAGGUGGUGCUGAAUGGCAACAACACCAAAAAUCAUGCCAGUAUGAAGAACAUUGCCUUCAUGGGAACGCUAGUUAGGUGCGGUAAUGGAAAGGGUAUCGUAGUUAGUACGGCCGAAAACAGUGAGUUCGGCGAAGUCUUCAAGAUGAUGCAAGCCGAGGAAGCACCGAAGACGCCGAUGCAAAAAUCGAUGGACAUACUGGGCGCACAGCUGAGCUUCUAUUCCUUCUGCAUCAUCGGCGCCAUCAUGCUGCUCGGUUGGAUCCAAUCCAAGCCGCUCGUCGAAAUGUUCACCAUCAGCGUCAGUUUGGCGGUGGCCGCCAUUCCCGAGGGCCUUCCGAUCGUCGUCACUGUUACGUUGGCCCUCGGUGUUAUGCGAAUGGCCAAGCGACACUGCAUCGUGAAGAAACUGCCUACAGUGGAAACGCUCGGCUGUGUAACGGUCAUCUGCUCGGACAAAACCGGUACGAUUACGAAGAACGAAAUGACCGUAACGGUCAUCAUCACCUCGGAUGGCUACAUGGCGGAUGUGACCGGUGCCGGGUACAAUGACAACGGCGAAAUCCACGUUCGCGACUGCAACAGUAUGGACAAUGCGAAGACCAGCAUUGGCCAGCUGCUGGAGGCGGGAGUCGUCUGCAACAAUGCAAUCAUCCAGAACGACACACUGCUAGGCCAGCCGACCGAAGGUGCACUGCUCGCGGCGGCCAUGAAAAACGGCCAGUACUCGGCCGCCGACAACUAUCUGCGCAUCCAGGAGUAUCCGUUCAGCUCGGAGCAGAAAAUGAUGGCCGUCAAGGCGGUCCCGAAGUACGCCAACACCAAGGAGGAGAUCUACUUCGUGAAGGGUGCGAUCGAGAUGGUGUUGCCGCAGUGCACCAAGUUCUGGUACGGCGGUCAGGCCAUCACCUUGAACAAACAGAACGAAGCCGAGUUCCUGCAGGAGGCAUACGAAAUUGGACGGAAGGGUCUGCGCGUACUGGCUAUCGCCCGCGGUUCAUCGUUUCAGGAUCUCGUCUAUCUCGGGCUGGUCGGCAUAACGGACCCUCCGAGACCACUUGUGCGCGAAUCGAUCGAAAUGCUUCGCUCGAGCGGCGUGCUAGUGAAGAUGGUUACAGGAGACUCACAGGAAACGGCUAUGGCAAUAGCAUCCAAAAUCGGACUGGACAUCGUCCACAUGCAAGCCCUGUCCGGACAGGACAUGGAUCAGAUGAACGAGAUGCAGCUCGAGAAAAUGAUUAACACCAUCAGCGUGUUCUAUCGCGUCACACCCAAGCACAAGCUGGCCAUCGUGAAGGCGCUACAGCAGAAUGGCCACAUCGUUGGCAUGACUGGCGAUGGUGUCAACGAUGGUGUCGCACUGAAGCGGGCCGAUAUCGGAAUUGCGAUGGGAAAGAAUGGCACGGAUGUGUGCAAGGAAGCGGCGGAUAUGAUCCUUGUCGACGACGAUUUCCACACCAUCAUUGCCGCCAUCGAGGAAGGUAAGGGCAUCUUCUGGAACAUUCGAAACUUUGUGCGCUUUCAGCUGAGCACCUCGAUCGCGGCGCUCUCUCUGAUCGCCCUCUCUACGCUGAUGGGCAUCUCGAAUCCCCUGAACGCAAUGCAAAUCCUCUGGAUUAACAUCAUCAUGGACGGGCCGCCGGCCCAGUCACUCGGCGUUGAACCGGUCGAUCAGGAUGUGCUGAAACAGAAACCGCGCAACGUGAAGCAACCGAUGAUCUCGAAGUCGCUGAUCAUCAACGUGCUGCUGUCGGCCGGCAUCAUCAUCCUCGGCACGUUGUGGGUGUUCCAGCGUGAAAUGGCCGACGGAACGGGUGUGACGAGCCGCGACACGACCAUGACCUUCACCUGCUUCGUGCUGUUCGACAUGUGGAACGCGCUCAGCUGCCGUUCGCAAACAAAAAGCGUCUUUCAGAUUGGACUCUUCACGAAUCGGAUGUUCUUGCUGGCGGUGGCUUUCUCGCUGCUCGGCCAGCUGCUGGUCAUCUACUUCCCGCCGCUGCAAAUGGUCUUCCAAACGGAGGCCCUGUCAGCGAUGGAUCUGCUCUUUCUGGUGUCGCUCACGUCCAGCGUGUUCAUCGUGUCCGAGCUGAAGAAAUGGUUCGAGCGCACCAUGGAGCGGCGAAUGUACCGCAAGCGCACCGAGCUCGACUUCGUAUGACAAACGGCUCCCAAAGAUGCUGGAAGAUUGCACAAGAAGGACUAGAGGAAGGACUUUGCGACCGAGCGAGCGCCAACCGAGCGAGCGGGUGAGAGACUUGCAAACCCCCGGGGGUCUCCCUAGGGGGUUGCCAGUCCGGUUGCGUUUGCGGCUGCCACUGAUAUACCAACUUCCACCGAACAAAAAACAAACCUAUUAAAGGGGGCAGCAUUGAAACGACGACGACGACUGACGAUGAUCGACAACAACGGCUGUAUCGGCUUGCGACAGUACGGGCUUGGAGGGUGUGUGUUUUUCAUUUUUCGACCACUUUCGGAACAUGCAGACGGCUUAACUCUUGUAAGCAUCAUGAGAUUGAUAACAAAAUUAAACGCAAUGGGACAGCUAGUACAAGUUACUUGGAAAGAGCGCGAUAAAUCCACCCGGAAGCCUAAAGUCUCGAUGUAAACACAAAAUUAUCGCAAUCUACACUUUGAACUGAAUGGUGAAAAAAGUUUCGAACAAAACCAUUACACUACCGUCUACAAUGUGGAUCUCAGCUGGAACAAGCCGGGUUGGCAAACUCGGCACGGAAUCGAUUUGAAAGCGACGAAUGGAGAGAGAGUAACAGACACCACUAGCACCGACCAGAUGGCACAUUUUUAUGCACGCAAUUGUAACGUUUUAAAGAAAUAUGGGAAUACACGCCAGAAACGCCACAGCAAAAUUGUGUGCAAUCCGGGUGAAGCAUCUAUUUGCUUCACCCGCCAAUCUUGCUUCCUAGAGACAAUUGAUAUUCCAAUGGAAAGGACCAGAACACAGGGUGUGCGGCGGGUUGCCGCUACUGUUUUUCAAAUAUUAUAUUCUUAGACGAGGACUAGUGAUCUGAUUUCCGCAACGGGGGGACUAAACGCAUUUCGUACCGCACCGUGGGGAGAAUGCUUUAAAAACCUACCGAGACAUACAAAAGGAUAGCUGUAUUUAUAACUUAAGUUCAAAGCAGGGAUAGUUUUUAACUCCACUGUGACGUUUUGACGUUUAAUUAUAUUUCUGAUCGUUCAGAUCGUUGGGUUUCAUUUAGUAGCGAAACAAUAAGCGGCGGCAGCACAAGUUAAUGUGAAAGGGGCAAUGUAAUGUAACUUAAGUUGAAACAACAACUGUAAAGAAGAUGCUUAGAAUAGUUUUCGUCUAUGUAUUAUUAGGUAGGCAUUAUUUUAAGUAUUUAAAGACACAAAAUGAGACAACCCGACAAACGGACGAUACAACGGUGUGCAACAUGUUACAACUUCCAUAAAGAAAUACUACCAGUU